AUGGCCGUCUCCCCGCCAUUCAUGUACAGCGCCGCCCCGACCGACAAUGCUCUUUUCCCUAGUCCCCUCUUUGAUCCGAAGGCCGUCACAAAGGCCAGCUGGGAGCCGAAACCAAGGAAACCCCUGCCAACGGGACCCUUGAUCUCCUCCCUUCAAGUGCCCUUCGGCCCACGGACUAAAGGAUGCAUCAAGUGGCUGCGUCGCUUGCAGCUGGCUCUGCGCUUGCUGCAACUCAGCGGUGCCACCGGUACUCUGGCCUUCAUGAUCCUUCUCACGGGCAUGGACACCAUCAUGGCAUGGGUCUUGAGGAUUGCGGCCGGCUUCUCCAUUCUGCACUGCACCUAUGCCAUCUACCAUCUGUCCCGUAGCGCCGGUAGUCGCACGCCCGGAUCCUCGGCCGCCUAUCAACUAUUCGCCGCCGUUGCCGAUUUAUGCGUCAUGUCUGCGUAUGCCUUUGGUGCCAUCUCUGUGCACAAGGAUGCCGCUGGCUGGCAUACGCUGUUUUCCAACCAGAACCUUAUGCACUACUUCAUACCCGCUGUCUAUUAUACCCUCAUCGGAGCCUCUGGCUUGCACUUGAUCUCCAUUUCCUUGUCACUUUGGCUGGGGUUCAUGUUCCGCAAGAUUAGUCUUCUGCCGCCUGACAUGAAUCCUCUGGAGGAUCAUCUGACUGCCAGGCCGUUCCAUAAGAAGAACAAAUCGUCCGUUACUACAACCAGCAGCUUCGCGAAUGAAAAGCAGUGUCUCGUUUCUGUUGAGAACAUUUCUCGACCCCCGGGCAUCCCCUUUUUGCACACGAGAGCCGGCUCAUUCAACUCAACUACGACACGAGACUCAACAGUGAACCUCCCCCAUAGGCGGUACCAACUCGCCCCCGGAAGCCCUGAAUGUCUGCCGAAUUCAGAGUACGUCGCGUCACCCCCGCCCAAGUCUUCGCGGCGUGGCACGUACACGGAGCUUCCCAACGCCGAUCCUGCUGCGCUGAAACCCAGUACUCCAUCCAGCGGCAUCAUACAGGCUCGCAGACCCAAAUUUACCGAAUCAUGGACGCCGACCGACUCAAUGAUCCUUAGAACAAACGAAAGGAGUUGUGGUAUUGGCCUUGCCGGGGCUCAAGUGUCAGGGAAAAUAAGCAAGCCAACUGGGAGACCAUCUGGCUCUGGCCUUCAGCAACCCUACGACUUGCACAAUUUCUCCGACUCGGAAUUUGAUGACGAGAAUAUGACUGAAGAUUUCUCUCCAGAGCCUGACAUGAACAGUGUGCACCCGAAUCCACUAAAUUCGAACCCCUCUCUAUCCCCCGUUACAGGAUCCCCCAAGCGCAAAGUGCUUCGAUAUCCACAGAACGGUGUAAACCCGGCCAAGCGAAACUUCUUGUCCAACAUCAGCAACAACGAAAGGCAAGAAGUUCGCUGCAGAGACAUAGCGGAUCUGCCGCAGGUAGACGAGGAGAACUGGCAGUCCCAGGGGUAUGGCAACGUUCUCAUCGAUGAUGGGUAUUACUCGAAGCCAUACCGAUUGUCCAAGUGCGGAACUCCACCAGUACUGAUUGGCAACGAUCGAAAGAUAUCCACCGGAAAUGACUUUGAGGCGAAGUACUCGUCAUAUGCGUACGGUCGGCGGAAUGCUAGCGGAAAGAUGGCUGAGGAAGGGAUGGCGGCAAACCAUCGGGGGAACUUUGUGAAUCCGGAGUAUGCUAUCUGA